GCCUGGAUUACUGCUAUACCACUUCGCACAGGUGAGAAGUCAGCGCGUUCUUCAAUGUCUCGAAGAUCGACAAUAAAAUCGGUUACUGGCUCUAUUACGGGAAAGAAGAAUCUAGACGAAGUUGAAACUCCAUGGAAAUCAAUUUACCUGCUAACAGCAAUCUGCAUGUUCUGUGGUGUGCAGUUUUCAAUAUUCUUUCCAACGCUGUGGCCCUUUCUGAACAAGGUGGAUCCAACAGCUUCCGAGACUUUCUUUGGAGUUAUCACAGCUGCCUUUUCCGUAGGUCAAGGAUUAGCGUCGCCUAUUUUCGGAUUUUGGAUGAAUCGCUCGAAAUCUGUACGCCAACCAAUGAUUUGUGGAAUUCUCGUAAUGAUUGUUUCAAACGUUAUAUUCUGCUUCGUAGAGGCGUUCAAGGAAAAAGACCGGCGAUGGGUGAUGAUGGUUGCUCGGUUAGUGCUCGCCCUUUUUCCGUGA